AUGAAGCUGGGGGGUUCAGUCCUCCUGCCAUGUUUUAUUGAAAGCCCACUGCCUCCAGAAGGUUUCCAGGUGGAAUGGAGAAAGAUCGACUUGAAUUCUGUAGUAAACCUCUUCCAGCAAGGAAAAAACAGAUCAGAUCUCCAGAGUCAGGAGUUUAGAGGCAGAGUUGACUUUUUCCCAGACGAGAUCUUCAAAGGGAACUUGUCCAUCUUACUCAGAAAUGUGGUUGAAGAAGAUGCUGGAGUUUACAGCUGUAAAGUAAAUACAACCCAAACCCAAAACUCCAGUGAAGUCAUAAUAGAAAUAAAAAAUAGCAACAAUCUUGUGGUGAGUGGUGCGGACCGUGCUGUCAUUGCCCGUGAGGGUGAGGAUGUCAUAUUGAACUGCUCUGUAGAUUCACAUUUUCCUGUCAGUGAGAUAGAAGAAGUGACAUGGAAAAGGACGGAUGGAGACCAAGACAUCCUUGUCCUGCUUUACCAAGAUAGUGAGAUCUUCCCAGAUUCCUCACAUGAGAAAUAUUGGGGAAGAGUUGAUUUAUUUACUUCUGAAAUCCCUAAAGGGAACUUCUCACUAAAACUGAAGACUGUCGAGAUGGAAGAUCAGGGAGAAUUCAUGUGUGAGGUCUACACCAAGCACACGUCGGCACGGGCCAUUGUGAUUCUGCAAGGUGUAGGUUUCUCUGCAGUCCAUAUGGCUAUACUGGUCUGGUGCUUUAUUGCAAUGUUAAUUACAGUGGGAUUUUGUGGUCCUGUUUUUAUUCUGCUGAGAAAGAGAGUAACUAGCAAAAAGGGCAUGAAAAGGAACUUAUCUCUGAUCCUCUGUCCAAACAUCUGUAUGUUUAUAUCUUUCUGCUUGUGGUCAAAAGAAGGGUUUCUCUCUGAGGUCAUUGCUUGUUCAGUAGUCAGUAUCAUGAGACCUGUCAUCUUGAUGAAAGCUUCUACUUACCUUGGCAUGUUGCCCCAGCACUUACAAAAAGCUUUAAAGUCUUUGGCUGUUCCACUUUACCAUUCAACUAUAGCAAUGGCUACAUGUUCAAUUUUCUUUGAAAAUCUUGCUUUGACUCAGAUAACAUCUGGACACAUUAUAAAAGUGUUAGCAGUCGUCAUGGUGAUAAUUGUUUUGAGUGCAGUUUUACUAGCUGUCUAUGGGCUCCAGAUGUAUCUGACUGUGUGCCUAGAAAUAUUCAACAUUGCAGUACUUGGAAUACUUCUCAGUAACAGCAGUAAUAUUGACUGUAAGUAUGUUAAUGCAAUUAUAUAA